CACCUCUACGUAUAGAGUCACGGCAAGUUUUUUUUUUUUUUUUUUUUUUUUUUUUUAAAAAUCGGGCGAUCAACUGAUGAGAUUUUCUGAUUUAUUCUAAUCUCGAGGUUCCACAUCUGCUCGACUCUAUGAGAUAUGAGCGUCAAGAUAGGUGCAUAUAUGAAGUACUUUGGAUUGUAAAGUCAUGUGAUAACAUAUUUUAUUAGUCUUCCCAACAUCAAUCGACAUUGAAUGGAUUGAAAAAACUACCUAGAGGCUAGGGUAAAUACGGGAUCAUGGAUGUACUUAUUAUGUACAUGCAAGUACCCACUCAGCCACAUUACUAGUUACAAUUUGAAGGGAUAAAUCAUAAAAGAGAAACAUUAUGGUCCCGAGGUUCUUUGUACUAACUAUACCUAGACAUACCUGGGCAUACCUGGGCAUAUCUAGGGCUUCUAGGCACGUAAAUGAUUAAAAAGUUGGACAAGAGCUUAACCCGUUCCUCUUUCUUUCUUUCUUUUUUUCUUUUUUUUUUUUUUUUUCCUUUUUUCGCCUUCAAUAGACUUCUAGAUCUUCUCCUAGCCCGCCUACGUAUUGAUAUAGUUAGUACCUACUAACUUAUACCUAGGUUAAGGAUAGUUUCAGUUGGUUCUCAUGCUGUUUCGACAUUUCGGGCAACAGGCUUUUUUACCCUUUUUGCGGAAAAGACCUGCCAAAGGACUUGUUUCUUAUCCUUAUCCUUAUCCACUUGAGCAACCAAGGGUAGUAGUAAUACAGAGACUACACAAUUAUCAGACCAAUCAGGUCUUUUCUUCCGUCAAGCUGGCGGGCCACUGCAGAAAUUCGACUCCAGCCACGACCCCUCCCCCUCCUUUUUCUCCCACUCGUCCGUAUUCAACUACUAUUACUACUACUGCUAUUACUACUUCUACCAUUACUACUCCUACUCCUACUCCUACUUCUUCUUCUUCUCCUUCACCUUCACCUUCACCUCAUCACCCCCCAUACUCAUCAACUUCAUCCAUUUCCUCCAAAAUUGCGUCCCAUCGUACUGCCCAGCUAGCUCGCCACUUUUCGAGCUCUCCUCCAUUGUCCAACAAAAGUAAAUCACUCACGAUGGCCACGCCUUACAGCGUCCGCAAGGUUGCUGCUCCCAACACCUUGGAGCACCGAGUUUACAUCGAGAAAGAUGGCGUCCCUGUCUCGCCUUUUCACGACGUCCCCCUUUACGCCAACCAGGAGCAGACCAUUCUGAACAUGGUCGUUGAGAUUCCUCGAUGGACCAACGCCAAGCUCGAGAUCUCCAAGGACGAGCUGCUCAACCCCAUCAAGCAGGACAUCAAGAAGGGCAAGCUACGAUACGUUCGUAACUGCUUCCCUCAUAAGGGUUACCUAUGGAACUACGGUGCCUUCCCUCAGACCUGGGAAGACCCCAACUCCAUCCACCCGGAAACCAAGGCCAAGGGUGAUAACGACCCCCUUGAUGUCUGCGAGAUUGGCGAGCUUGUCGGUUACGUUGGUCAGAUCAAGCAGGUCAAGGUUCUGGGCGUCAUGGCCCUGCUUGACGAAGAAGAGACGGACUGGAAGGUCAUCGUCGUCGACGUAAACGACCCCUUGGCUUCCAAGCUGAACGAUGUCGAGGACGUCGAGCGACACCUCCCGGGUCUCCUCCGGGCCACCAAUGAGUGGUUCCGUAUCUACAAAAUCCCGGAUGGAAAGCCCGAGAACCAGUUCGCUUUCACCGGCGAAUGCAAGAACAAGAGCUAUGCCAUGGAUGUCAUUCGCGAGUGUGCUGAAGCUUGGGAGAGACUCAUCACCGGCAAGACACAGCCUGGGGGUAUUUCAACGACCAACUUGGCCGUUGCCCACUCUCCGAGCCGUGUUAGCCCCGAGCAACUACCUCCUCUACCAGCCCACGAGGAAGUAGCCCCCGAGAAGAUUGAUAGCUCAAUCGACAAGUGGUUCUUCAUCAGUGGAGCCGCUUCGUAAACUGCUUCGCAAACUGCUUUAGGUUCAGGCUCAGGCUCGGGCUCGGGCUCGGUAGAGAAAAGUUUGGCGAAUCUAUAGUGUAGAAUUCAAAAGCCUUGUUUGAACAGCACAGCACGUAUGGUGCAAUCGUACAAUGCAAAGCCGUUUGUUGCGUGUGUUGGCCUAGUACGAACAGCAUGGCAUGGCAUGGUUUUGUGAAACGGGGAUAGCAAAUAUGGCCCUGCUAUAUUCGCGGCGUAGAUGUGUUUGCGAAUGCGCGAAUGCACGACUAAAGAGGGGCGUGAUGGUGCUGCUGCUGCUGCUGCUGCUACUGCUACUACUGCUACUACUACUACUGCUGCUGCUUGAACCCGCUGAGGAAAGUGCCAUG